UAUAACCUUGAAGAAUUGAUGAUUUUUUGUUGAACUUCCAGUCCUCUCUGGAUGAAGCUGAGGAGAGAGCUAAGAUUGCUCUCGAGUCCAACUUUCAGCUGGAGCACGAGAACUCCAACCUGAAGGACCGGGUCACAACACUGCACGGGUCAGUGGAGAAGUUGGACGGAGAACCCCAUGAGAUGUGUGAAGAGAAAUCGAAGAGUCAGAAGAGCGAGCUGAUGAAGCUGGAGGAGAUCAGGAGGAACAUGGAGGAGAUGCUCUUUGAGGUGGUCAGAGAGUUUAAGAAGGAACGCAAGGAGCGGGAGCGAGAGCGUCAGUAUUACUGCGACCUUUUGGCCGGUUACGAAGACACUAAGGAAAGGCUGGAGCACGAGAACGCCAACCUGAAGGACCAGGUCACAGCACUGCACGGGUCAGUGGAGAAGUUGGAGAGAGAACUCCAUGAGACCCAGCAGAUGUGUGAAGAGAAAUCGAAGGGUCAGGAGAGCGAGCUGAUGAAGCUGGAGUUCAGAAGGAAGAAUCUGGAGGAGAUGCUGUUUGAGGUGGUCAGAGAUACUGCGCUGAUAAUCAAGAGUCAGAAGAGCGAGCUGAUGAAGCUGGAGGAGAUCAGGAGGAACAUGGAGGAGAUGCUCUUUGAGGUGGUCAGAGAGUUUAAGAAGGAACGCAAGGAGCGGGAGCGAGAGCGGAAGGAUCACAGAAACCUUUUGUCCCAGUAUGAACACAUUAAGGGCUCUCGGGCUGACGCUCAGAAGAAUGCUCAGAAUACUCAGCACUGCAGAACUCUGGAGAAAGAGAUGCUCACCCUGAUGGAACAUCUGAAAUGUAUGCAGGGCUUAUUAGAGGACCCUGUAAGGACGGAACUGUAAUGCCAGAGGAUGUCCAGGUUCGUGAGAAAAGCUUUCCCUGAAGCCGUACUUCUGAGUAAUAAUACCGACUCUGCUUCGGCUGGGUGUCGAGUUACACUACAGGCCGAACUCCCGGUCCUCAGUAAAUAAUGCUGACAUUUCUGUUUCUUUCUCGUUUUAACACGGAAUCGAUCAAGUCGACGACCUGAAAAUAUAAGAUCGCCAACAAAGACGCUGCACAUCGUUUAGCAUAAAGAAAAUAAAAAAUAAUCCGUGGAACAAAGAAAGAAAUAAAGAACGAUCUGUGAAACCUUUUGAAAUGUUCCGUUUAUAUCAUCGAUGUCACGAUACUGUAAACGUACCUCACGACUCCAUACCAGCUGAAGUAUCACGAUACCGCGCAACACCGUGUUCAUUCAUCAUUCAGAUCUACAAAAUGAACCGGAUUUACAGAAGCACACAGAUACGAGUGAAAAGAGACGGAGGGAAAGUUCCUCUGAAGACUUUAUGGACGAGAAUGAAGAACGGGCUGUCGGAAAAGCUGGAGAACAAUCGCACGGUCGGCGAGUCGCUAAUUCGACGCGUCACGUAUUCCAUCUCCCGUUCCCUGGAGCGGUGAAAUCAUGCGAAUGGAAAGUGUCCUCAGAGUACGGAGAAUGAACACAACAUUAGGGAUGAAUAACUGAAUAUUAUUUACGCACGGCGGUUAGCGUAACGUUAGCUCGCUUACAAACAAACAGGAAAUGGUUAAAGAGUCAGGUGAAGAAUUCCGGUUAAACGCAAUGCGUGAACGCAGUGAGACGUGUCAUUUUAGUGAAAAUAAUAUUAACCGCUGCACAUACAGCAUUACUUACGGUACUACCGUACUUAUUACUUUAGUAUCGCGAGACUACCGCAG